CUUCACGAUAAGGCCGGAGCGCACCUUUUCAGACUACUCUCCCAGCAUACCGAACGACUCAGUUCAACAGCGUAACGAUGGCCCCCAAGAGCAAGAAGAACGCCGACUCCAUCAACAGCCGUCUGGCUUUGGUGAUGAAGUCUGGAAAGGUCACCCUUGGCUACAAGUCGACCAUCAAGACCCUUCGCUCCGGCAAGGCCAAGCUGGUCAUCAUCGCUGCCAACACUCCUCCUCUCCGCAAGAGUGAGCUCGAGUACUACGCUAUGCUCGCCAAGGCCCCUGUUCACCACUUCUCUGGUAACAACAUCGAGCUUGGUACUGCUUGCGGUAAGCUCUUCCGCACCAGCACCAUGACUGUCCUCGAUGCCGGUGACUCCGACAUCCUGUCCAGCCAGUAAGUGUAAAGCGCGGACAAUGUCUUCGUGUUAUGUCUGGACGAUGUACAAGCCUUUUGAAACGAGGAGGCACGUGAUAGAUAAUGACAAGAACCUUUACACUUUUUAACUGUUUUGACUUGAUCCAUUCUUCGUAUAUUGGUAUAUGUAGGAUGAGCUUGGUAGAAAGUAGUGGAACGCUCAGUGUGUGGCGACCUGAAU